AUGUCUGAAAUGAACGAGCUGUCGGAGCUCUAUGAGGAGAGCAAUGACCUGCAGAUGAUUGCGAUGCCUGGUGAGAGUGACCUUCCACGUAUGAAGGUAGGCGGCGGGUGCUGGGAGCUAUCCAGAACCCCUCCCACGCCGCCAGUGCCCCGCCACAGCUGGAGGAGGAAGGCCCCAUGGAGGAGGAGGCGGCCCAGCCAAUGGCCCCACAGGGGCUCCAGCCCUGGGGAGCAGCCAGGCCAGAUCGCGCACCCUGAUUUCGAGAGCGAGGGCGAGGGCGAGAAAUUCGAUGACUAUAACUCUCCGGAAGAGGAGCCGCUAAACGACCCUCAUUCUCUUUCCUAUAAUUUCACCAUCAAUCCUCUGCCCAGACAUGGACAGCCAUGGUGUGAGGUUCAAGGCGAAGUGGAUUAAAAGGUCUUUCUCUCCUAUGACUGUGGUACAGCUGAGAUCAAGUACCUGAGUCCAUUGGGAGAGGAAGUGAAAAGUAUGAACGUCUGGGAAACACAGACUGACACACUCAGAGACACUGGAGACUUGCUCAAGGAGCAAAUGUCUGAUAUUACACCAAAGAGAUACACAGACAAGGGCCCUCUGACCCUGCAGGCCAGGAUGACGUGCUGGCGUGAAGACAAUGGACACAUCAAUGGAUCCUGGCAGUUUAGCUUCAAUGGAAAACUGUCCCUCCUCUUUGAUUCGGACAACGGACACUGGACAGUGGUUCAUUCUAAAGGGAGGUGGAUGAAAGAGAAGUGGGAGAAUGACAGAGCUGUGACUGACUUCUUCAAGAAGGUCUCCAUGGGAGACUGUCAGCUCUGGUAUCAAGAUUUCUUGGUGCGCUGGGAGAAAAUGUUGAAGAGCACGGCAUCACCGACCACGGGCCCCCCUGCAGUCCAGCCCACGGCCACAGCCAUCAGUCACAUCACCUGGAUUGCUCCUGUGGCUCUCACCAGUUUUGUCAUAAUGGGCAUCAUAAUAGCCUGUAUCCUUUACAAGAUGAGCCCCCUGGACCAAGGCCUCUUUCUUUUCUGCAGGAGACAGUGCUCCCAGGAAGCCCGACAGGUGCUCUGUCUGCCUUUCUUCUGCUCUUCACUUUAGAUCCAGGAGAUCACCCCAUGGAUCCUGAGUCUGUUUUCCGGUUACGAUAACACAGUAGACGCAUCAUCUCAUGAGCUUUAUCACAUUUGAUGAAAUCCUACUCAGCAUCUCUGAAAAAAAACAACACAGAAUCAAUUUAU